UUACUGUAUUAUUCGAAAUUUCAAUUAAAUUUGGAAAAAAUAUAUCUAAAAACGGCAGGACUAUAUUAAUUUCUAGUGAUUAAUAUAUUAAUAGAAUUAAAAUAAUAUUUGAAUGAAUAUUUCAGAAGUGAAAGUGCAACAAAAAGAUUCUAUCUUGAACAGCGAUAACAUAGAAACGACGAUAACGCGAUUAUUCAUAUGCGUUUGCAAAAUUUGCGGACAUGCGAAGGCGAGAAAUUAUUACAUGAUUAUUUGAGCUUCGAAGACUUCACACCGGCUGACGUGGUAUACCAAGAGUGGAUAUUUAACGAAUCGGCCACACCGUGGCCAGUUCCGCGUAAAUGGAUUUCAGGUGGUGAAGUUUCGACUGUUUCACGGGGUUUUUAAACAAAUUUUUCGAUAUUCACCGUUAGCGAAUUCAUUGAAUUUUCGGGAAAAUGGUGUUGCUGACAAUGAUUGCGAGGAUAGCGGAUGGUUUGCCACUUGCGGCGACCAUGCAGGAAGACGAACAGAGUGGAAGAAGUAUCUUAGACUAUCAGAAUCAGGCAAAAAUGUUAUUUAGAAAAUUGGGCCCUCAGUCUCCGGCUAGAUGUACUAUAGAAACAGGCCCAUAUUUAUUUCAUUACCUGAUUGAAAAUGAAGUAUGUUACUUGGUACUAUGUGAAAAGAAUUAUAGUAAACGCGUAGCAUACAGUUACCUUGAAGAUAUUGCACAAGAAUUUCAUUCUUUGUAUGGUAGAAGGGUCAACACAGUUACCAGGCCUUAUAGUUUUAUCGAAUUUAAUACUUAUAUUCAGAAAGCAAAGAAAGUUUUCUUGGAUGGUAGGUCAAGAAGGAACAUGAAUGCUCUGAAUAGCCAAUUACAGGAUGUGCAAAGAAUCAUGGUUCAGAAUAUAGAUGAUGUCUUACAGAGGGGUACUGUUCUCUCAGAGUUAGAUACAAAAACACAAAAUUUGUCCAUGUUAUCGCAGAAAUACAAAAAAGAUGCAACUCACUUAAAUAGCAAGUCAAUGUAUGUGAAGGCCGUGGCUGGAUUGGUUGCAUUCUUGGUCUUCCUGUUGUAUUUCUUUGUUCUUUAGUUCAAAUUACUGUUUUAUUUGUUAUCACUGUGCAAAGACCAUGGAAGUUUUUACUCAAUCUGGUUUUCUUCAAGAUUGGUAUUUACAUUAUUUUUUUCUACAAGUGCAUGGUAUGUUUAUGUUUUGACUCUAAAUGGGAUUGAAGGAAAUGUACAUAAGUUAUAUUCCAAAAAAACUUGUUGUAACGAAUAAGGUGACAUUGAUACCAAUUUCAAAAUAUUCUAUCAUAUGUAUGUAUUGCCAUGCAAUAAGUAUAGUAUGUAAUUAUUUUACAUGAGUAACAUAAUGUACAACCAUCACUGUUUCAAUUAAACAAAAACAACGCUGAUAAUUUUAUAAUAAGUAAAAGACAAUAUGUACAGCCGUAUUUAUAUUAAAUGAAACUUCAAAUCAGUUUUAUUAGUUCAUUCAGAAACAGUGAAAAUUAGUAUCACUGUUUUAUUCCUCUUUGAGGCUGUAUUAGCACUAUUUCUAUGUGUACCUUCGUAUUGGAUUGCAUCAUUUAUAAUAUCUUUCAUGCAGUGUAAGUAAAACGAAUGUAUUAAAUUAUAUUUAUUUUUGUGGUUUUA